UUAUCAGUCUCAUCUCAGUCAUCUCACGAAUUUAUGUCUCAUCUAUUUUAUGAUCCUGUUAUCUCUUUCUUUUAGUGUUUAUUAUAAAAGGGAAAGAAAAAGAUGGGCAUGUUAUGUGAAUCUCUCUUAAAAACAAAUAUGUUAUCAUCAAUAACAACAAAUAUUAUCAAUUAUCAUAUCGCUUCGAAUGGUUACAAAUUGUAAACUUUCGUGUGAGUUUCGUAAGUUCUUGGUAAAUGAUAACAGUUGUCAUAACAUACCUAGUCAAGUAGUUAAUCCAUGUGCGUCGGACUGGUUGGUCAAGUGCAAGUUCCUCCAUGUCUAGCAUAAUGUCUGGAACAAAAAAAGUAUUUCUUGGAUCUAUUGUUUCUUCGUCUUCAUUUAAAGACUUGUCAUUUGCCGGCUACCUGGCCACUGAGAAUGGAAAGAUUACUAAAUUGGGUUCAAGAGAAGAGUACAAUUCUUUACAACAAUCAGGCGCAUUUACCGACCACCAAACUAUAACUUUGAAAACAGAUCAGAUACUAAUUCCUGGGUUUGUGGAUUGUCACACUCAUGCCCCGCAGUUUCCUAACUUAGGCAUUGGGCUUGAUAGACCUUUGUUGGAAUGGUUGGAUAAAUAUACUUUCCCGUUAGAAAGUCAGUACAAAGAUGUGGAGUUUGCUGCCCAGGUUUACAACAAGGUUGUGCAAAGACUUCUAAUCAAUGGCACCACAACAGCCUGCUACUUUGGCUCUCUGCAUCUUGAAGGAACUAUUGAGCUAGCGAAGACUGUGCUGAAACAUAAGCAAAGGGCACUGGUGGGCAAAGUCAGCAUGAACCUCAAGAAUGAUGCCGGAUAUUAUAACGAGACUGCUGCUGAGUUGGACCAAGUGGAGAAGUUUGUGCAAAUGAUUUUAUCUUAUAAGAAUGACUUAGUGCAACCGGUAAUAACACCAAGGUUUGCUGUAAGUUGUGAUGAGCCUCUGAUGACUGGUUUGGCAAAGAUAGCCCAGAAGUAUGACUGCAGGAUACAGAGCCACAUAUCUGAGAACCUGAAAGAAAUAGAAUAUGUGUUAGAAAUGUACCCAUCUUGUACAAGUUAUGGAGAAGUAUAUGACAGAAGUCAAAUCCUCAGUAACAAGUGCAUCAUGGCCCACGCGGUCCACCUAACCGAAGCAGAGAUAUCGCUGCUGGCGGCGCGAGGAGUGUCGCUAGCGCACUGCCCCGCGUCCAACACACGGCUGCGCUCCGGGCUGUGCCCCGUGCGCAAAUACCGCCAGCGAGGGCUGCGCGUGGGCUUGGGGACAGACGUGUCAGGCGGAGACAGCGCGUCGAUACUAGAUGCUGUGCGCAGGAGCAUGGACGUGUCCACGCAUCUGGACCUGCAGGCGGGAGGAGACAACGCCAUUAGCUGGAAGGAAGCGUUUUACUUAGCGACUAUGGGAGGCGCUGAAGCUCUAAACCUGGAUCACAAAAUCGGCAACUUCCAAGUGGGCAAAGAACUCGACGCUCUUCUGGUAGACGUGUACGCCGCAGGCAACAUCGACCGGCACGGGUACUCCGUGGACAAGACGGAAGAGGAACGCGUCGCAAGCCUCCUGCAGAAGUUCGUGUAUCUGGCCGAUGAUAGAAACAUCUUGCAGGUUUACGUUAAGGGCGAAUUAGUCAAAGAUAUAAGCAAUUGAGCAUUGACGUAUAAUAUCUAAGGACUGGCCUUACGGGUACUAAAAAUGGUACUAGUUCAGCGGUGUUACUCACAAAUUCCAGCCAACCGUGCAGUCUAACGCAACUAGUAGGGACCAAUAGCGCGCGUGAUGCGAACUCAUCAACCAAUCGCGUUGUAGCAGUGUCACACCGCUGUACUGGCCCCUGUCAUGCUUCAUUAUUAUUGCCCGUAUAGCCAGUCCUAUGUCAAUGCAAUUGAGUAAGGUUAAAUACGUUGGAAAGUGCGUCUGCCGAGUAAGAAAAUAAUAUUGAGAAGUCAAUAACUGGAACUGUUUGUGUUCGGCUGACGCACAGUACCUAGUGAAGAGAAAAUAUAUUAGUAAUAUUAGAUAGGUAUGAAAUGAAUAAAUGAAAUGCAAUACUUUAAUUUAUUAUUUUUUAUUCUCGUGUAAUUUCUUUAUAAUCCGUGUAGAAAAUGUGCAAAUAAUGUGACAAUAACAACUGAAAUUAAUAAGCGAAAUACCAUAUUUAAUACUAUCAAGAAUCAAUAUUAAAUUGGAUUCCAUUUAAUUUCAGAAAUACAUUUUAUAAUGUCAAAGAAAGUUAAUGAAUUUCCGUUAUGUUUAGUAAUAAAAAUAUUAUAUAGAAAUGCUUUUAUAGUAACA